AUGCAUUUAUACGUCAAGCACGCUACUCUCAUCAACAACUGCUACCCCGAGAAAGAAGGCGAAAAGGGGCCUCGUUCCUCUGAGCUCAGUUACCUCGUCUUCUAUGCCAGUUCAAGACCUGUAAAGCUUACCAAAGUGGGUUUGUUCUUGGAAAAGAAGGCUGAGCGCGAUAUUGCCAAAGGCAGAAAACAGAACAACCAAGUAACCUUGGAAAUCAUCAAAGCAUUGAUUGAAGCUUGUCAUCGUGACCUCAAUCUGUUCUCAAAGUACGUUGUGAAGAUCAUCGAUAUGAUGUUGGAGACAAAGGAGAUUGAAGUCAUUGACCUUGCUUGUCAAGUGUUUGUCAUUUUCACCAAUUAUCAUGAUGGAUCAACGCUGGGUGUCGAUGCUGAAUUGACAAAGGAUUACGAGUUGCUGUUAAAGAAGUUUGCAGCCUUCUGUUCUUACGAAAAUGCCGACGAUACCUUGAAACUACAAACUAGAUACAUUGGGCAAAGGGCUUUGCAAGCUGCAGUUACAUCCGCCGCAUUGCAAGCAUCCGAUUACAAGGUUCAACUUGAUCUGAUUCUAUCUCCUCUCAUCAAUGCAUUAUCCAACUCCAAAAACCCUGCAAAUGCUUUGGCCCAAAGCAGUAACAAUGAGGAUAUCGACAUUCAUCAGUCAGCUAUUGGGCAUGAAACAUUGAACGCCCAUUCUGUCGAGAUCAUUGCAGCAAAGACAACUGCUCUUUUAUUCAGCAAAGCAAAUGGAGUCGCUGUAAAGCUCUCCUUGGGCCCGUUAUUUACAUUUAUGGACACAAAUGAAAAGUGGUGGCCCGCUCAUUUUGCUGCUUCUAUGAUGGAAUUAGUGCUCGAUUCACUCCAACCUCAAUACCGUUAUUUACUCGUUUCGGAGAUACUCCAGCAAUUGGAAGCAGUUAAAUCAGCAGCUAAUGCGGAUCAAUACAAAAUCGAAAAGCACGCAUCGCUUGUAUCUAUUUUGGACACCAUUUUGAAUGCAAAUAUACCUCUCGUUGGUAUCUCAGUAUUGGAGGUAUUGAAUUCCUUGUUCACAGGUCUGAUCAAAUCAGUGCAAGAGUUCAAGACAUUCAGGGACGCCGAACCUGCCUCGUCCAAUAAUGUGCAAGCAAAGCUGGAAUAUGCUAUUCAACAAGGAUUGGCACACAGUAUUGGAGGAUUAGCUUCGCAGACCUACUAUUUGAAUCAAUUGAAUGAUAUAACUGGUUACAUCAUUUCUAAAUUGAGAGUGGGUAGCAAUGGGCUUGAGACCAUUGAUGGUUUGCCUAUUCAGGAAUAUAGAAAUGUGGUUCUCAAAUGUUUAGAUCUGGUAACAACUGCCUCAUCCACCAAAGAAUCACAAAAGGAAGACACUGAGAGCAACAACGAAAACACACCCGUCUAUAACCAUACUGUGACAUUGGAUGCUUGGAUUCCUGCGUUGGGAUUAUUGACCGAGAAGACACCAGAGACAAGAGUCAAUUUUGCUGUUACGCUGGUACAUUACUUGGAAGCUACUUCUGAAAAUGAGAUUGCCAUAGAGCCAUAUCCAAAGCACACACUGAGCCAACAUGGCGAUGUUAUGCUGGUCAAUGCUUUGCAUCAAUCUAUUGUAGACUGGAUCCAACUACCAAACAUUGGUGUACACGAUAUUGAUGCUAUUCACAUGAUUCUGUCAGCACUGACUCGCAAACUUGGCGCAGACGAAACUAUCAAGGCUGUGCCUCUUGUGUUCAAGAUCCAGGACUUGGUAAAACAGACCAUGAUCCAGCACACAGCACGCCAAAGAGCAGUUGCCGCUAUUGUGGUCGAAUGGCUGUCUAUGGUGGGUGAGUUUUACCGCAUUGACAGUCUGGUUCAAUAUGCAGAUGUGCUUAAGAGUGAGCGUAUCCGACUGAACGAGUACUCUCCCGUAUUUUUGGAAGGCUCUAGUGAUAUAACCAUUGACAAACUGGAAGAUUUGGAGCCAAACAACACAACACCUGUUGACAAAUUUGCAGACAGAAAGCUGGUCGUCCAAAUGCUCUCCAAGGACGGACCACUGAGAGACGAAGAUGACACAGAGGGAACUGAUUUGGAAGCCAAAUUGAUGAUUGAAUGGGGAUCUGAUGACUAUGUCAAUCAUGAUCGCAAUUACAGAAUUAGAACUUCUCGCAACUUGAAUGAUUUGAAGGCCAAGUUGGCAACUCCUUGGACCAAUACAGAAGUUACACGUAAUGAGCCAGGAAAGAAGCAAACUAUCCGGGUGGAAAACCUCAAAGAAGCACUCAUUGGUCAAACACAGCAACAGAGCGAUGCCAAUGGAUUGCAAUCCUUGACCAACGCAUGCCUCACCAAAAGACCCAAUGAAACAGUGGCUGACAUGAGCUCUCUUCUUCAAUCUUUAUCGCUAGGCACCGAUGUAUCGAACACUACAUCCUUGGUCAACCCACCUUACAAAUAA